CUGUGUGUAAAUCACAUGUGAAUCCUGGGCUCUGAUUGGACGCUUUUAUGAGGCUACUGUCCCUUUAAGCCGGUGCGGAAGUAAGUCAGAGACUUGACGGCGAGCUCAGUGGAAGGUCAGCACUUCUUCUUUCCAGGAUUUUAAAACAACACUCUCUCAUUUUAAAGAACCCACACAACUCCGUUCCUUUUUUCUUAACCGCCUUUAACGUCUGUUUUAACCGCUCGCUGCCGCGUCUCCAUUUUAAGCCGCUUUUAGCCUCUAACGCCCCGGUCCUGCUCCUCCAUGUCUGGGUCCAAAGGCUCCGCGCGGCUGAGCGGAGCUCUGCUGAAGCCGCUGCUGGACUCCGUGGACUGUGUCCUCUUCGACUGUGACGGCGUGAUCUGGAGGGGGGACCAGGUCAUCCCCGGAGCAGCCGAGGUCAUUAAUCUGCUCAAGAAGAACGGUAAGCGGGUCUUCUUCCUGACCAACAACAGCAGCAAGACGCGGAGGAUGUACGCGGAGAAGAUGGCCACCAUGGGCUUCAGCGUGGCUCCGGAGGAAGUGUUCGGGACCGCGUACUGCUGCGCCGCGUACCUGAGCACCGUGUGUCAGCUGCAGGGGAGCAAGGUGUAUCUGCUCGGCAGCGCGGCCAUGGGGCAGGAGCUGGAGGCGGUGGGGGUCCGGCACACGGGGCUGGGACCGGACCACAUCACCGGCAGUCAGAGCGACUGGGCCAACGUGCCCCUGGACCCGGAGGUGAAGGCGGUGGUGGUGGGUUUCGACCAGCACUUCAGUUACAUGAAGCUGAACCGAGCCAUGCAGUACCUGACCCAGCAGGGCUGUCUGUUUGUGGGGACCAACAGGGACACCAGGCUGCCGCUGGAGGGCGGGAAGAUUGUCCCUGGUACCGGCUGCAUCCUGCAGGCCGUGGAGACGGCGGCGCAGCGCCAGGCCCAGACGGUCGGCAAGCCCAACCACUACAUGUUCGACUGUGUGGCGUCGCAGUACGGCUUGGACCGCGCCCGCUGCCUGAUGGUGGGCGACCGCCUGGACACGGACAUCCUGCUGGGCUCCAACUGCGGCCUGAAGACCCUCCUGACCCUCACCGGGGUCAGCACAGUGGCGGACGUGGAGGCCCACGAGCAGAGCGGCUGCCCGGAGCGGCGGAAGAUGGUGCCCGACUAUUACGUGGACAGCGUCGCCGACCUGCUGCCCGCCCUGCAGGGGUGACACCGCAGCAGUGUGUCGAGACCAGAGGAGGAGCUGCUGUAAAACCUGAGGAGGGUUCAUCCUAUCAUUCAGUUUCUUUUUGAAGUGUGGUUGUUAGCGCUACUGACAAGAACACUGAAAACAUGGUUACAAAGACAACAUGUAGAUAAACUGUACGCCUGCUCGUCUUUAUCUCACUGUCACGCGGCCUUUUCAACACAGAAACUUCAAGUUUGUGCCGCUUUUCUCUCUCACUGUAAACAAACCCAGAGGGAAAAGCACCAAUCAUUGUUUUUUAGAACAAACAGGAGUCGCCGAUCCACCAUUUGCCUCCAUGAGUGACUUCAAAUGUGUUCGUUUGUGACUUCUGUGUUUGAAAUCCUUCAUUUGGAUUUACCUCGGUGACACACACUGACCACACGAGGCAGCACUAGAUAAAAUGCUAUUUAAUAUAUAUUUAUAAGAUGCUGACCUCAUUUAACAAAAUCUACAUCUGUUCAAGUCUUUAGUGCUAAUACCUCAUUGAACCACACUUCAAAAAAUGUAUACAACUGAAAACUCCCUUGUCUACAAGAUAAUCUGAUUUUAUUUUGUCGUUUACUCAAUCAAUAAAACCUCCAAAUCUUACAUUUUUUUUAUAUAUAUAUAUAUAUAUAUAUAUAUAUAUAUACACACAUACGUAUGUAUAUAUAUAUACACAUAUGUGUAUAUAUACAUACGUGUAUAUGUAUAUACACACACAUUAUACAUAUAUACAGUGUGUAUAUAUAUAUAUAUGAAUUACUCAUUUAAGAUAGAAAAACAUGAUUUGCAGUAUUGUUUCAAUGUGAUUAUUGUCACUAAAUUAUUAUUAUUUUUUGGAUAAGCGAAGUGAGUGAACUGUUGUGAGUGAAGUUUAUCUGGACUGUGGUGCAACUGUGGCUGAAGCAACGAGACGUCAAAGAGAAGAAGUGACAUUGACACACGCUGAGGCAACAGUAGUUUCAGUCAUGUCUGUGUGUUCAGGUUUAUAAAUAGACGGACGGACGGACAGACAACGGACGGAUGGACAGACGAUGGGGGAGUGAGCUGCACUUUGCUGUGUUCUCGUCGUGUCUCGACACAUUUCUGUGCUCAGACUCGUGGGACGGUUCAAAGAAAUCCAGUGCCGUAAUUUUAUUUAAGUCAGAACGUCAACACUUUAACAAAAUGAUAUAUAUAUAUAUAUUUUUUCUGUUCAUUCUGACUCAUCGAUUCUACAAAGAGUUUUAGUCUGUAAUAAAACAUGAACUGUC